AUGCGCUUCCAGCGUCUGACUGCCGCGCUCCGAACAUUCUCGAUUCCCCUUCGAUCCCAAACCACCGCAUCUCCAUCUCACUACUUUGGCAAACUACCCCUUCCAGUAUCCGGAGCGACAGUCCUCAAAGCAGCUCCUACCGUUCCCUUCAUCGGAUCUCUCUUCAGUUCAAGCGCGAGAGCUGAAUCCAGCGACAACAUGUCCUACCCCGACCAGCGCAGCGACGAUGAGUGGAGGGCCGUUUUGAGUCCUGAACAAUUCCGCAUCCUCCGCGAAAAAGGCACCGAACGCCCUUACACCGGCGCCUACGACGCCCACUACCCCUCAAACGGCGUCUAUACCUGUGCCGGCUGCGACGCGCCCCUCUACAAAGCCAACCACAAGUUCAAGUCCGGCUGCGGCUGGCCCGCAUACUUCGAUUCGGUUCCUGGUGCUGUGAAGAGGUUCACGGAUAGUUCGUUUGGGAUGGAGAGGACGGAGAUUGUGUGUAGUAACUGUGGGGGGCAUUUGGGGCAUGUAUUCAAGGGAGAGGGGUAUCCGACGCCGACGGAUGAGAGGCAUUGUGUGAAUAGUGUUAGUUUGAGGUUUACGGAGGGGGAUGAGAAGGCGAAGGCGUAG